CCUUGCCUUGUGGCCCCAUUCCGGAGCCGGGCGGAUCUCGCAGCCAAUCUGUACCUUCGGUCCAGACCCCGGAGCCAAUCCCGGGCCACAUCCAGGCCCGCCUCCGGCCCGCCCCCGCUCUCCCGGUAGCUCCGCAACCUCCACCCCCCAUCUUGAGCGAUCUGGCGACUCUAGUCCGGGAUCCGCCAACCUUGCAGCCAAUCCGGGACCCGAGUUUAUCCCUCCUGCCUCCGCCCGGACGUUCAAAUCGUUUCCAAUAUUCCUCACUCCGUUGCGGGAUUGGAGCCCCGGGAAGCUAGCAUGAUUUUGGCCCAGAGGAGACUCUGCUCCCUUGGCAGUAGAACAGAAUUUCUAAAGACCAUUUAUUCUUCAAAGCUCCUUGGAUUCUCUACUUCUGCUUUUUGGAGGCUGAAAGCCAAAGAUCAAAGGUUAAGCAGAGUUAGUUCUUCCCAAGGGCUGCGUGGAAGAAUCUGUUCGACGUCUCUCCUGUCUUCUGGGCAUUUCGUAGCAGUCUUUGGUAUUCCUUGGUUUGUCUUUGCCUCAUCUAAGUUUCUUAGGAAAAUGUCUCUGAAAUUCAAAAAUUCGAAAAGAAUUGAAGGACUUGACCGUAAUGUAUGGAUUGAAUUUACUAAAUUGGCUGCUGAUCCCUCUGUCGUGAAUCUUGGCCAAGGCCUUCCAGAUAUCUCCCCUCCUUCAUAUGUAAAAGAAGAGUUAUCAAAGGUCGCUUUGAUCGAUAGCCUGAAUCAGUACACACGGGGCUUUGGUCAUCCGCCACUUGUGAAAGCUCUGUCCUCCCUAUAUGAAAAGUUUUAUCAAAAAGAAAUCAAUCCGAAUAAAGAAAUCCUUGUGACAGUAGGAGCAUAUGGGUCUCUUUUUAAUGCCAUUCAAGGGUUAAUUGAUGAAGGAGAUGAAGUCAUAAUAAUGAUCCCUUUCUAUGACUGCUAUGAGCCCAUGGUGAGAAUGGCUGGAGCAACACCUGUAUUUAUUCCCCUACGAUCUAAACCUGUUGAUGGAAAAAAAUGGUCUAGUUCUGACUGGACAUUAGAUCCUCAAGAAUUGGAAAGUAAAUUUAAUUCUAAAACCAAAGCCAUUAUACUAAAUACUCCACACAACCCCAUUGGCAAGGUGUACACCAAAGAGGAACUCCAAGUAAUUGCUGACCUUUGCAUCAAAUAUGACACACUCUGCAUCAGUGAUGAAGUUUAUGAAUGGCUUGUAUAUACUGGAAAUAAGCAUUUAAAAAUAGCCACAUUUCCAGGUAUGUGGGAAAGAACAGUCACAAUAGGAAGUGCUGGGAAAACUUUCAGUGUGACCGGCUGGAAGCUUGGCUGGACCAUUGGUCCCAAUCAUUUGAUAAAACAUUUACAGACGGUUCAACAAAACACUGUUUAUACUUGUGCAACUCCUUUACAGAUUGCUAACUCUAUAAACAGCAAUCCAUCUUCUGAGGAUUUACGCUACAGCUAUUAUCAGCACAUGCAAGAUAGAGAUAGACGUGGCUGUUUAUUGCAGAUGAUUGGGUGUAGUCCAUUACACAUCUAUGGACAGGAAGCCUUGGCUCAAGCUCUUUGGAUUGAUAUCAAGCGCAUGGAUGACCCAGAGUGUUACUUUAAUUCUUUGCCAAAAGAAUUAGAAGUAAAAAGAGAUCGGAUGGUGCGUUUACUUGAAAGUGUUGGCCUGAAACCCAUAGUUCCUGAUGGGGGAUACUUCAUCAUAGCCGACGUGUCUUUACUGGAUGCUGAUCUCUCUGAUAUGAAGAAUGAUGAGCCAUAUGACUAUAAAUUCGUGAAAUGGAUGACUAAAAAUAAGAAAUUAUCAGCCAUUCCUGUUUCGGCAUUCUGUAACUCAGAAAGUAAACCACAGUUUGAGAAGUUUGUGAGGUUUUGCUUCAUUAAAAAAGACAGCACCCUGGAUGCUGCUGAGGAAAUCAUCAAGGCAUGAAGUAAACCGAAGUCUUGAUGUAUGCAAACCACGAUGAGGGUUCCACUACAUGGCCUAGUAUGGACUUGUACUCAGUGCUGCCCCCUGCUGUGUGUUAAAAACUAAUAUUUCAGCACCAAUGAAUUUAAAUAAAUAUUUCCAUUGUUUUCCAAAGUUAA